AUGUUUGGUCGUUUGUCCGGUAGGGGGCAAGUGAAUAACACCGCUUACUACGAACUGCUCGGGGUAAGCCGUGACGCUACCACAGAGGAAAUCAAGAAAGCGUACAAGCGGAUGGCCCUGCGACUGCACCCGGACAAGAAUCCUGAUGCCGAUACUCAAGAGAAGUUUAAAGAGCUAACAGUCGCAUAUGAGGUGCUUUCGGAUCCUGAAAAGCGCAGAAUUUACGAUGAGCUCGGUGAAGAAGGCCUCAAAGAAGGCGGCGGUAUGCCCGGCUUCCGUGACCCCAUGGACAUAUUCGAAGCAUUAUUCGGUGGUGGUCUCGCAGGUCGCUCGCGCGGACCACGCAAGGCUGAAGACGUUGUCCAUCCGCUGCGUGUAAGCCUGGAAGACUUGUAUAACGGCAAAACGACAAAACUCGCGAUUCAGCGCAAACGCGUGUGCACUGCGUGCAAAGGCUCGGGUGCCAGUCCAGAUGCCCCGCGCAACGUGUCAUUUACCUGCAGUGGAUGCCGGGGCACCGGAAUGGAGGUUAGAAUACGGCAGCUUGCUCCGGGAAUGGUGCAGCAAAUUCAGUCCGUUUGCUCUGAAUGUAGUGGCUCUGGACGUUCCGUACCACGCAAGUACCAGUGCCCAACCUGCAAGGGUGAGCGCGUUAUUGAAGACCGCGCCGUGAUUGAAGUUCAUAUCGACAAAGGCAUGUCGCAUGGACAAAAGAUUGUUCUCAGAGGCGAGGCCGACGAGGAACCCGGUGUGGAGCCUGGUGAUAUCGUUGUCGUUCUGCAGCAGAAAUCUCACCCGGUGUUUCAGCGCCAAGGCUCCACGCUGCUGAUGGAACAACCCAUCAAGCUGGUCGAGGCACUAUGCGGUGUCUGUUUUACGAUACGGACGCUCGAUGAUCGCACGCUUGUGGUGCGGUCGCGUCCCGGUGAGGUCAUUGAUGGAUCGAUGCCGCUCAAAACCAUUGCCGGAGAAGGUAUGCCAAUUUAUCGGAGACCAACCCAGCAUGGCGUCCUUGUAGUCAAAUUCAAGAUUGAAUUUCCGCGUACUAUCGAACUGAAGUAUCGACCAGCACUUGAAGAGGCACUCGGCCAACGGUGCGCAGAACCGGAGCUCGAUGGCGUCGACGGCAGCGAAAAGGAAGACGUUGAGCUCAUCGACUUUGAUGAAUCGCAACUGCGAGCAGGUAUGGAUGAAGGCCCUCGUGACAUUUACGAAACCGACGAUGAUCAUGGCGCGAAUGGGAUCCCCGGUGGUGCCCAGCGAGUGAGCUGUGCGCAGCAAUGA